CCCUCCUGGCUGUCUGGUCUCUGCCGCUGUGAGAGUCUCCCAGCUUCUCUUGUCCGCGGCGUCGAGGAAGGAAGGAAGCAAAGCGGGAAGAAAGAGAGAGAGAGCGUGCGAGAGAGAAAUGAGAGCUAGCUCCUCCGCGACCGACUGCAGGCAAUCUCCGGGCGGCCGGGCGGUGUGAGCUCGCUCUCUCUCUCUCUCUCUCAGCGGGUGUCAGUCGGGCACGGAUCGCGUUGCUGGCGGCGGAGGGCUCUGCCGGAGGAUGAGCGCGGAGGGAUACCAGUACCGGGCCCUGUACCCUUACAAGAAGGAGCGGGAGGAGGACAUCGACCUGCGGGUGGGAGACAUCCUGACCGUCACCCGGGCCACCCUGCUGGCUCUGAGCGGCGGCGAGGGCAACGAGGCCCGGCCCGAGCACAUCGGCUGGCUCAACGGCUACAACGAGAGCAGCGGGGAGCGGGGGGACUUCCCGGGCACGUACGUGGAGUACCUCGGCAGGAAGAAGAUCAGCCCCCCGACCCCCAAACCACGGCCCCCCAGACCCCUGCCGGUGGCCCCCGGGGUGUCCCGCAGCGAGGCGGCAGCAGAAGCCCAGGGUUUUGCACUUCCUGAUCUGACUGAGCAGUUCUCACCUCCUGAUGUUGCUUCUCCGGUGCUAGUCAAGCUCUUAGAAGCCAUUGAGAAAAAAGGUUUGGAGUCUCAGACAUUGUACAAAACUCUAGGUUCCAGCAGUGUGACAGAACUAAGGCAGAUCCUGGAGUGCGAUCUGUCCGCAGUCGAUUUGGAUCAGUUUGAUUUACCUACUUUGUCAGAUGCUUUAAAGCGAUAUCUUUUGGAUCUGCCUAACCCUGUCAUUCCAGCUUUAAUUUACAAUGAAAUGCUUGCUGCUGUCAGAGAAUCCUUAAACUCUGACGACUAUGCACAACUUUUGAGGAAAAUCAUCCGAUCUGCCAAUGUACCUCACCAGUAUUGGCUCACACUCCAGUAUCUGCUGAAACAUUUCUUUCAACUUUGUCAAAGUUCCAGCAAAAACCUGUUAAGUGCAAAGUUGCUUGCCGAAAUUUUUAGCCCACUUCUUUUCCGAAACCAAUUAUCAAGUGCUGACAGUUCUGAAUACAGCGCUCAGAUUCUUGAAGUUCUUAUUGCAAGUGAAUGGAAUGAGAAGCAAGCUGCACCAGCAUUGCCACCAAAGCCUCCUAAAUCAACAGCUGUAGCAAACAACGGUACGAAUCACAGUAUGUCUCUACAGGAUGCUGAAUGGUACUGGGGAGAUAUCUCAAGGGAGGAAGUGAAUGAGAAACUACGUGAUACCACUGAUGGUACCUAUUUGGUACGAGAUGCAUCCACCAAGAUGCAUGGCGACUACACUCUUACACUAAGGAAAGGGGGAAAUAACAAGUUAAUUAAAAUCUUUCAUCGGGAUGGAAAAUAUGGCUUUUCUGAUCCGUUAACAUUCAACUCUGUGGUUGAACUGAUUACCCAUUAUCGCAAUGAGUCAUUGGCCCAAUACAAUCCUAAAUUGGAUGUGAAACUGUUAUAUCCAGUAUCCCGGUUUCAACAGGAUCAAGUUGUCCAAGAAGACAGUAUUGAAGCUGUGGGAAAGAAAUUGCGAGAGUACAACUUGCAAUUUCAAGAAAAGAAUCAGGAAUAUGACAGAUUGUAUGAAGAUUACACAAGAACGUCUCAGGAUAUUCAGAUGAAAAGAACUGCAAUAGAAGCAUUUAAAGAAACUAUUACAAUAUUUGAAGAGCAGUGCCAAACUCAAGAAAAAUGCAGCAAGGAAUACAUUGACAAAUUUAGGCGUGAAGGAAAUGAGAAAGAACUACAAAGGCUCUAUCUCAAUAGUGAAAAACUCAAAUCUCGAGUUAUUGAAAUCUUUGAAAGCAAACGUAGGCUGGAAGAAGAUCUAAAGAUACAAGCAGCGGAAUAUCGUGAGAUUGAUAAGCGCAUGAACAGUAUCAAACCAGACCUGAUUCAGCUUAGAAAAACAAGAGACCAGUACUUAAUGUGGCUGACACAAAAAGGUGUCCGACAGAAGAAGUUAAACGAAUGGCUUGGCAGUGAAAAUACAGAGGAUCAGUACUCCACAGUGGAAGAUGAGGAUUUGCCACAUCAUGAAGAGAAGACGUGGAACGUUGGGAAUAUAAAUCGAAUUCAAGCUGAGAACCUGUUACGUGGAAAGAGAGAUGGAACAUUCCUAGUGCGCGAGAGCAGCAAGCAAGGAUGCUACGCGUGCUCUGUGGUGGCGGACGGAGAGGUUAAGCACUGUGUCAUAAACAAAACCCUUACUGGUUAUGGAUUUGCAGAACCAUACAAUUUGUACAGCUCUCUGAAAGAACUGGUGCUCCAUUACCAACACACAUCGCUUGUACAGCACAAUGACUCUCUCAAUGUCACGCUAGCAUAUCCUGUAUAUGCUCAGCAAAGACGAUGAACACAUAAACAAACUGUGGAGUUUAUUCGUAAAUCGACAACAUUGAGGCCUAUUUAGGCAAACAAAUCUCAAGCUCCCUUGUCAGUCUCCUUCACAAGAUUGAGCUGCAGUAUCAAAGCUGUCUUCAGAUGGUAUAAGAGCUUUCUUUCGCCAUGGGUGCAGGAGAUGAGUGUUAAGCUGUGAAUGUAUGUUUCUAAGCUAUCAUGCUUGCUUUCUAAGAACAAGAAGCACAGCAACAGAAAGAUAUGCUAUUAUAAGCCUAUCUCCGGGCCUCCAGGUACCUAGAGGCCUUUACCAUGGUGCUUGUUUACGUUCUAUUGAAGCUUUACCAGCUAAAAUGUUGGUCACCGCAGAUCCGAGAAGCCAAGGUGCACUGUUUGGAGAAAAUGUUUUGGCAACACAGUUCACCUCCACCCCUUUUCUUAAGGACUUCUGGUAUAUCAUUCAGCGGAUCUACUUACACGGCCUUGUGGAUUGCUUCUUCAUUUUCCCAAAAAAGAAAGAAAAUAUAUGUAGCAGAAUGGCACUUUUUCCAUCGUUUCUGAAAGAAAUGUUAUAAAAAACAAAAAAAAGCGAACUGCAUUAUUCCAUUCAGUCAGAGAAAGUGUAAUCCGCAAAGUGCCCGGAGAAGUGUUUUUGUUAAAGACUAAAACAAAAUCAGUUAAACCUAUUUAAUGUGGAAGAUGACGGAUUUAAAAAGGCGCAUAUAUAUCUAUAUAGAUAUAGAUAUAUAUACAUAUAUAUAAAUAUAUAUAUAAUAUAAUGUACAUAGCAUUGGGUGACAAGCUCUCAAAAUGAAACGUAAUACCAUACUGUCUUUUUUAUUUUGCUGACUGCUAAAUCCUUAAUGCUAUGCAACAUCAAUUUUCUUUAAGCUGUUUUUUUGUUUGUUUUUUUUUUGUUCUUUUUUCUAUGUACCAAUAACAUACCUUUUUUUUCCUUUUCAUUGAAAAAAAAAUGUUACCGUUUUGUUAUGCUAGUUUUUUUUUGUGUUUAUGUGCAGUACAUGUCUGUGUUGGGAUCUGGGGGUGGGAGGGGUAAAGAGAAACUUGGAAUUUAAAUGGGUUAUUUUACAGUGGACUUUGUAUAAUAUACUUGGCUCUAAGCCCAAGAUUAAAAAAAAAAAAAAAAAAAAAAAAGUAAUUCAAAAUCCAAUACAAUUAUUUGAUUAAUGUGUUGUUGGGCAGUGCCUAAUGAGCUUCAAAGCUGCUUAUUAAUAAACCUUUAAAGUAUAUAAAGAAAUAUAAACAUAAAAUAUCCAAAUUUGACAGUGUUGUAUUAAUUUCCUGUAAUGGUACUGGUUAACGUGCUUUGCACAUUUUAGUCCUUUUAAAGACUGCACCAAUUUGAAUAAUUGCCUAUUUCAAAUGGGUUGAUGUAACAUUUUAAUUGGCUUGAGUACACAACCUUUUUAUCCCCUUCAUGGCCAGUCAGGCAAAUCCCUUUCUGUUGCAACUGUCCUGACUGCUCGUCGGUCUUGAAAGCGUUCAAUGAGACUUAUCGCGCAUGCAUGAAAUGUGCCACAUAUAAUUAUGAAAAGUAUACACAAUAGUUCUCAUUGAAAAGACCUUGCACAUGCAAAUUGUGUUUAUGGACAAUGUCCAUAAAACACACCAUGGCUUGUUGACACAUGAAAAAUUUUGAAGAGAUAAUCUGAAAUUGCAUCCUUGCCUCUGUCCUUCUUAUGACUUGUUGAUAGGCUGAAGACACGCAACAAAUUUAUAACAUGUGCUAAAGAUGACCGUUACAACCCCCUCAGUUUAGUUUUUUUUUUAGCAUGCAAACUCUACAAUAAGUUAUUUUAUUGCAUUUAUUUCAGAUGUUUUAACAAGAAAUAUUUCUAUGAAGCAUGAAUUUUAGCAAAGAUAGCAUACAUAUUGACGUGCAGGACAACGUAAUUAUAAACAUAGAUGUUUAUUCAUUAAACCGCGACAUGUGAUUAAUUGACAGCAUAAAUUUCACUUCACUUUAAUAGUUUAUAUUAAAAAAAAAAAAAAAAAUGAAUCUCCCUUUGCCAAGACAAUUGGUUGUCAGAAAACCACAACUCAAAAUUUAGUGGAUGAACCUCAUUGAUGGUUGGUUUGUUGGUUUGUGUUUUGUUUUUCCUCACAUUGACGAUUUUGUAAAUGAAGAUCGUAAAUGGUUUUUUUUUUUUUUUUUUUUCAAACUUGUCUGACCCAUUGGUAACUAGCUUGAUGCUCUUUAAAUAUUUUCACUGCAACUCCUAUAUUCCUCAUACAAUCAUUAAUGAAGGUAGUGGGAAUUGCUAUCCAACCGCCGUUGUAAAGUCACAAGUUGGGCCAAGCCUUGUGUGACUAGUAGACAGGUUUCCAAAGAGUUGUUUAAUGUUUGGGUUGCAGGACAAAAAUACUGUAGGAUACAAACAACUGGCUCUAACCUUGUAUUAUUUUAGCACUUUUACCACUGCAAAUACAAUUUUUUCAAUUUUGGAUAUUCUCUUUGUUAAGCAGUGGUAUGUUCUAUUAGGGCUUUGUAUUCUGCUGUAUUUGCAAUUACCUGCUUUUGUAUUAUUUGUUGACAAUGUCCAAUUAAUAUAUGUGCUAUGGAUUCUUUGCCUACUGAAUCAUCACGAAUUGGUCAUUGAGAUGUGCGUUCAGUUUUGUGUUUUUGUUUUUUUUUGUUUCUGUUUUUUAAUCUCUUAAUGGAUUAUUCCUCUCCAUAUUUUUGGUGCUCAUUUAACGCCACCCCACUUACAAAAUACAUGUAGGUGUCUGCUAAUGAGCUCUUCAUUCUGUAAUGCAUAUACAGACAGAAUAAUUUUUUAUAAUAUAUCGGGGUCCUUGCAUUUCCAUGUAUGUCCAUGGUUACUUGUGCAAACGAGAUUGCAGAUUGCAUAGCCGAAGCGUUUUAUAAUAUCAAAAUACUCAACUCUUGCAAAACUCAAAAAGUGUAUGCACAUUUCAACUUUUCAGUACCAGGUGGUUAGACAAUAUUUUUGAACUUGUGGCUUUUUAUAGGUUACUUAAUAUCCCCCCCCACACCCCACAUUACAGAGUGAUCUAUAUUGUAUAUGUAUACACCAUAUACACUAUACACACACUGUACAGUUUCAAACCUAUACGUAUGCAUCAGCUACACAUUGAAAAGCAGAUUAAGACCUUACUUUAUUCACAGCAACCUGGGAUUUUUUUCAGCCACAUCCCCAAAAUGCUGUGUGACAAUAUGCAACUUGGCACAGUGUGUCACACUGCUUUCCAUUGUCUAGUUGCUGCAUACCAUGAUUUACAGUUGGACUAUACCUAGUAAAUUAACAUGAUUCAAUCCUCCUACUGCACCUUGUUGGCUCACAAGUGUAUGCAUACAUAUACAUCCACUUAAAAUCCCAUCCAAAUGUUUCCUCUUUUAUCUAUUCUCCUUAUGUUGUUCCGUGCUCAUAAAGUAAUUUGGUAUUAAAAAAUCCAUACCAUUUAACUUUUAUUGAUAAUUUUACGCUGAUUAAGAAAGUUCUAUUAAUAUGCAAACAUCUAUUUUUAAGACUCUGGGAGCUUACAGGUGUUUAAGUCUAAGCCAUAUUUUGUCACAAAGUAGUCUUUGCUCCUAUGCUCCACUUAUUGUAAUCUGCAUUAUUGAUUGGGCUAGAAGAGUUUUGUUUUAUUUUAAAAUUUUAUUUAUCAUGAAAUGUACAUGCACUAUUCUCAAGAUAAAGGUACACCAUACAGUUUUUGAAGCACAAGUGUCUAGCCGAUAUUUCUUUCUACAUUACAAAAACAUGUUUUGGUAAAGAUUAGUCAAUUCGUGGAUCAGAGCAAAUGUUUGGUGACCUAGCUAUUUGGAGCAUUUUAUGGUGACUUGCCCUUGUGAAGCAGGAGCUUCUCUUAUGUGAAUGAUAAUUUUGUGAGCUAAGAUAAAAUCGCUACUGAAUUUAAUCAGGACAAUUGUGUGCUGCCUGUAAGAUAGGCCUUUGCUAUGCAUGGUAUACCAUUUGGGAAAGUGACUUAGUGUGGUGGUCUAGUUAGGUUAAGAAAUUGGGCAGUUUUGUGCUCACUGCCUGACAUGGGCUAUACAUGCCAAAUUUUAUAUACAUUUAAUAACGGCUUAAUGCGUCUAAGUUAAGACUUGCUAUGUCACUUAGAUCAUAUUAUUUGUCACCAUAAGACUGCAUUAGCUGCCCAAUGUGCUGCUAUUUUUUAUUCCUGUUUCAUACAAAAAAAAUCUGCUUAAUGUUUAUACAACAUUAAAAAUUACUUUGUUAAAACAACAUUAAUACAUUGGUCUUUCGUUGGGGGAGGAAAAGAUGGUUAGUUGUAGUCUGCCUUUACAAGGCAAUAAAUACAGUUGUGCCUAUGAAAUUUUGAGCUAUAGCUUUGAUAAAGCUCUGUGUCUCGUUUUAAGUUGCUUUAAAACAUUGUAUUAGACCUUCAAAAAGAAUAAAGAUUGUUUUAAAAACGA